UGCAUGCUUCCAUAGCAUUCAUUAUGGCACCAUAUAAAACAAAUCUUCAAGGCUAGAAAGAUAUAGUGAUAGACUAACCAAUCCGCACAAGCACACACACAAACACACAAUCUUCAAUAAUAUAUAUCCCUUUCUAUAGAGUGUCUGUUUAUUUCAAUUAAUACACUUUAUAGUCACUUUUAGAGAGGCAUUUUUAAGAUUUCCAAUAAUUUUCUUAUCGUUUUAUUUUCAUUGAAAUUUAACUUUGAUCAACGCGAAAGACGAAAAUAAAAAAAAAAAAAUUGAUUAAAAAAUGGCAACUCGUAUGAAUGAUAUGGGUAUGGAUGUACAAAUUAAUCGUCGGUUGAACAGCAAAUAUGAUGCUGAGAGUGAAGCUGAAGCGAUUGGUUGGUUAAAUCAAUUGACCAAUGAGAACGUUCCAUUUGGAAGAGAAAAUGUUGCGGCUGCUUUAAAAAAUGGACAAAUUUUAAUCAAAUUGGUUAACGUUGUAUUUGAUGGUACUGCAUCUCUGCCUCCAGCGGCAGCUAAAAUGAAGAGGCCAUUCAAAGCCAACACCAUGACAGCACCAUUUAAACAAAUGGAAAAUAUUCAAACAUUUUUAAAUGCAGCCUGUGCAUAUGGUGUGCCUAGAGCCAGUUUAUUUCAAACAGUCGAUCUCUACGAAUUACGCAAUAUGCCACAAGUGUUAAACACAAUUUUACAACUUGGUACAGAGUGUCAAAGGAACAAUUUCAAUGGACCAGUAUGCGGACCAAAACCAACCUAUGAAAAUAAACGUGAAUUCACAGAAGAGCAAUUAAGAGCAUCUGAAGGUAUAAUUGGUUUACAGGCCGGGACUAAUAAAUGCGCUAGUCAAGCUGGAAUGAGUCAUGGCGGGCCGCGUCAUAUCACCGACAUUAAGGUAGACGCCGCAUCAAAAGAAAGUCAAGGUGUCAUCGGUCUUCAAAUGGGUACAAAUAAACUUGCUAGUCAAGCGGGUAUGAGUCAUGGCGGGCCACGUCAUAUCACCGAUAUUAAAGUAGACGCAGCAUCAAAAGAAAGUCAAAGUGUCAUUGGUCUUCAGAUGGGCUCCAACAAAGGUGCCAGUCAAGCUGGGAUGAGUCAUGGCGGACCAAGACACAUUACUGAUAUCAAAGUUGACGCAGCAUCAAAAGAAGGACAAAAUGUUAUUGGUCUUCAAAUGGGCUCCAACAAAGGUGCUAGUCAAGCUGGAAUGAGUCAUGGUGGUCAGCGACAUAUUGCUGAUAUUAAAGUCGGUGAAAUAUCAAAAGAAGGUCAAAAUGUUAUUGGCUUACAAAUGGGCGCUGGGAAAGAUCAAGUUGCUUCACAGUCUGGUAUGAGUUUCGGUGCACAACGUCAUAUUGUUGAUUCACAUUAAAUUAUAAAAAUAAACACAUUCAUCACCAACAUCGAUUCUUAAGUCACCUUUCUUUUUUGCUCUACUGGGCUUUUCGCUUAACAAUAUGUGCAUUUUCUUACUUUUUCUAAUUUAUCAUUCCUAUCUUGCCUUUUAGAAUGAUUAUAUUAUUUCAGUUUUUGUCAUGCUUUGUCAUUGAAUCGUUUAACUGUAAUCUUCAACAACUGAACAUGUUUCUGCUUUAAAUGGACUACCAUGAAAGGCGGGAAAAACAAAAUCGGAAAUUGUUUAAAAAAGUAACAAAUUUAUUCUGUCUGUAUUACUCUGAAGAUUUUGAUGAUUUAUUAUUAUUAUCUUGAAUUCUUAAUUUUUAAAAAAUAGAAUAUUAUUUGAAAGUGAACUAAUAAUAAUGAUGAUUAAGCGAUAUUGAUUUUCAUAUGAUUAUACUUCGCGGCUUAAUUUUCGCAUUUAUAACAAAUAAACAAAUGAAGAGGAAUUGAACAAUUGAUCAUUUGACUUAUAUAUUUGAAUGCUUUAUGAAAAGGUAUUCUUGUUUCUCUUCUUUGACAAUUUGCUUUUUGAAAAUUCGGUUAGUUAUUUACUUAUUUAUUUAUUUAUUGAAUAGAGUGUUGCGUCAAAGUUUAUUUUGCACGUACUUACUCUCUUCACGUUUACUGAGAUAACAAUAAUGAAAAUAUUAAUAAUGGCAAUAAUUCUAUAAUAAGAAAUAUAGAUUUAUUGAUAUUU